CAUUGAAAGUUUAAAAUAACUCCACCAUAUUUGUUUUGGGUGAAAUGCUUCAACCAUGGCCUUGUGGGAAUGACAUUGUGAAUCUGUCUUUGUGACUUUGUUUAUUCAAGUUUUUGUGUUGACUAUAAUGGUUUAUACCAUUCAUGUAUUUAUUUGAAAGUUAUUAAUAAAAGGAUUCAUUCAAGUUUAAAGAAAAUGUGCUGUAAUAAUGGUAAAUGUGGCAGGCACUUUUAGGUCUCAUGUGGGGUCUGGGUUAAAAUCUCAGAUUUGUCAUGGCCUCUGAGCAAAAAUAUGGUAACUGCAGUUGUUAGCUUUUCAACAAUGUGUGCUACAUUCUCUUGUAUAGAAAUGCAGUCUGUUAGAUUAUCAUUUCAACUUGUGUGAGCAUGUGCAUGUGAUUGUGUCAUGUGAAUAUGUAUGGGAAUUGUCAUUAUAUGAGGUAUGAUGGCUAUGUGUAUCACUCUCAAAUGGUUAAAUGCUUAUGCUGUUUAAACUGAUGAAAUGUCAACAUUUCAGAAAGAUGUAGGUUAUCAAGCAAAAGUGGUUACCACAUUGUCCAAGCCAUUCUUGAUAUGAGGCUGCAGUAGAGUGUAAUGCCAGGGUCAGCCUCAGCAUCAAUCUGUUUUCAUACAUGUAUUAUUAUUUUGUGUGUAUUGAGGGAACUGUGAGAAAACCUUCAGUAAAAGUUUGCUGCCAUGCUUGGAAGACAGCAAGAUGCUGCACUGUCAGAGUGGGCUGAAGAAAUAGAACAACUAUUAGGGUGUGAAGAUUAUGCUCAAAAACCAUCAAGACAGCACAAGGAGGCAACACUUGCCUUCAUAGCCAAACAAGAACUGGAGAAAAGCAACAGAAAUGAAGAAGUGCCUGACAGCUCUCAUCUGUCAUCAAAACAUGAGCAGCAAAUACAUGGGACAAAAGGCUCAAGAUGCAUCUUUUUCUUUGUAUGUUUGUGUGCUCUAUCAUUUGCAGCCAUCAAAUUUGGAUACUGCAAUGGAAAAUCACUGAAACUCUGCUGGAAUAACAACAUUCAAGACUGGAUUUACCCUGUGCUGAGAGGGAUUCGGCUCAUCUCUUUGCCGGUUAUUCAGUAUUUUCCAUCCAUCACAGACAUUCACGAGGAGACAUGUCUGGUGGACAACCCCCUCUACUGGGACCCGGAGGUGGACUGCACCCUCUGCAAGGAUGUCGGCGUCGUCACAUUGCCGCACGCAGAACAGUUCGAAGACCUGUUCUAUCACAAGGGAGUCCCUGUGGUGGUGCAGGACGCGAUCGCGGCGCCGGUGAGCCUGGCCGCCCUGACCCGGCUGUACGCCCUGCGGCGGGACGACAUUGUGGCCGGGUCGGCCCGACGCCUGCUCGGUCUCGACAGACUGAUGGCCGCGGCCCCUGCGGAGCUGGCUGCCCUGCCGCACUGCGUCCAGUGGCGUCUGCUCAGAGUGUCGGCUGUCAGACAUCUGCGCCAGCUCUUCCGCCGCCCCUAUUUCGUCUCCAAGAAGACUGAGGUGUCCUUACAUCGCUACAUAUAUCUCUGCGGCGCGGAAGGCGGCAGAUUUCCUCUGCCGGUGACUGAGUUCGCCAAUGUCUGGGUCAGCCAGCACAGCGGCACGCGCCAGAUUCAGCUGACGCCCAGCAGCGAGUGCAGCGCCACCUGUCGUACGGUGUCGGCACUUCUGCGCCCCGGAGAUACCCUGUUCUACAACUGGCGCUACUGGCGGGCGUCCUCGCUGCCGAUGCACGGCCCGCUGCCGAAGUUUGCUGCCAUGCUUGGAAGACAGCAAGAUGCUGCACUGUCAGAGUGGGCUGAAGAAAUAGAACAACUAUUAGGGUGUGAAGAUUAUGCUCAAAAACCAUCAAGACAGCAUAAGGAGGCAACACUUGCCUUCAUAGCCAAACAAGAACUGGAGAAAAGCAACAGAAAUGAAGAAGUGCCUGACAGCUCUCAUCUGUCAUCAAAACAUGAGCAGCAAAUACAUGGGACAAAAGGCUCAAGAUGCAUCUUUUUCAUUGUAUGUUUGUGUGCUCUAUCAUUUGCAGUCAUCAAAUUUGGAUACUGCAAUGGAAAAUCACUGAAACUCUGCUGGAAUAACAACAUUCAAGACUGGAUUUACCCUGUGCUGAGAGGGAUUCGGCUCAUCUCUUUGCCGGUUAUUCAGUAUUUUCCAUCCAUCACAGACAUUCACGAGGAGACAUGUCUGGUGGACAACCCCCUCUACUGGGACCCGGAGGUGGACUGCACUCUCUGCAAGGAUGUCGGCGUCGUCACAUUGCCGCACGCAGAGCAGUUCGAAGACCUGUUCUAUCACAAGGGAGUCCCUGUGGUGGUGCAGGACGCGAUCGCGGCGCCGGUGAGCCUGGCCGCCCUGACCCGGCUGUACGCCCUGCGGCGGGAUGACAUUGUGGCCGGGUCGGCCCGACGCCUGCUCGGUCUCGACAGACUGAUGGCCGCGGCCCCUGCGGAGCUGGCUGCCCUGCCGCACUGCGUCCAGUGGCGUCUGCUCAGAGUGUCGGCUGUCAGACAUCUGCGCCAGCUCUUCCGCCGCCCCUAUUUCGUCUCCAAGAAGACUGAGGUGUCCUUACAUCGCUACAUAUAUCUCUGCGGCGCGGAAGGCGGCAGAUUUCCUCUGCCGGUGACCGAGUUCGCCAAUGUCUGGGUCAGCCAGCACAGCGGCACGCGCCAGAUUCAGCUGACGCCCAGCAGCGAGUGCAGCGCCACCUGUCGCACGGUGUCGGCACUUCUGCGCCCCGGAGAUACCCUGUUCUACAACUGGCGCUACUGGCGGGCGUCCUCGCUGCCGAUGCACGGCCCGCUGCCGGCGGCUGGCGACGGGCAGGGGACGGCGUGGAGCGCCCCCGCUCAGGCUGAGACCGAACGCGACCAGGCCGUCGACGCGGCCGCCAGACAACCGCCGACCGCGGUCGGUCAGGGGAUGAGGGAAGCCGACGCGUCAUUGGCAGGCGCCGGUCACGUGACGGGAGAGAGUGACCAAUCGCCGACGGAUGCAUUCGAGGCGGCAGAGGAGGUGGUGCAGCCGCGGAGGAAGGGCUGUGAGUCGGCGGAGGCGGCGGACUGCGCUGCCGGCGAGCCAGCCGUGGGCAUCACCUUCAUCGGCUCCUUCUACUGAGCUGGAGCCAGCCGUGAGCAACACCUUCAGCGGCUCCUUCUACUGAGCUGGAGCCGGCGGUGAGCAUCACUCUCAUCGGCUUCUUCUCCCGAGCCGCGGUGCUCGGAAGACACGUGCCGGCUGGGCUUCGGCCCGCUUUUGGCAGCUGUAUGCACAUCUGUGGUAGCUACGUGGGGCCCGGUCCCCCGUUCUGAGCGCGGCAAGUGGAGUCAUGCCGUUGGCCGAAGACCGCGUGCGGCCGCCGCGUGCUAAUGCUUUAAACGUUUACCGUCGGUCACAGACCGUUUUUCCUCGAGCCUCCCUAGUCGUCCACGGGUCACAGGCGGUAUUUAACCCGCGCCCAAAUGAAACGAUCGCCAAAUAAUAUGCCAAUUAUCACCGAAGGCUGCGACCGCGGCCGGUGGUGGUGUCUUCCACAGGGUUGAGGCGGAGGACGCGUUGAUACGUUGGUGGAAGUCGCCACGAUGCGUGGCGAUAUGUAUUAACCAUGGGACGAAGCGGCUAGAUAACUUCCGAGGAUCGUGUAUCUGUAUCGUGUAUCGUAACAUGUUACGCUAGCGGAGCGAUGCGUACUGGUGUUACUGAUGGUGUCACAAGGCGGCAGUUGAUUUUGAUGGUGUCACAAGGGGGCAGUUGAUUUAUCGACGGUAGUCACGUGUCACGCCGUCCACGCGCACGUUUACGUUUUGUUUGGUGGAGCACGUGCUUCACCCUCGAAGAAGACCAGACUAACGCGUAUGUCGCUACCCUGGAUUAGUGUAUUUCGCAGUGCGUACUGCGUUACUACCGCAGAGCUUGUAAUCUAAGUCACGUGCUCACUAGUCAUCUACGACGUCACCUGCUGCUCUAGUCCCGAGGUUGUUGCAACAUGCACACAAGUCCGGUGCAUUUCCGUGCGCAUGCCUGUCGCCUUAGUUAUGCUGCAACAGUGUGCUGCUUGUUACGGGCCGACAGUAGCAAAAAUAUAGCUCACCGUGAUC